CACUGCCCAUCUCCUGCUUUGGUGCCUCUCACUAACCCAUUACUUCUUGGUCUUGUCCUGUAGACUUGUACCCAUAUCCUCCUUAGGCCCAGAAAACUUGAAUGGAUUUUGGAGACCUCAUGCCUUGAGCCUCUUUUCAUCCCACCGCGCCUAUCGCACCUACCAGCUCUUUAUUGCGUGUCCUUUUCGCAACUCUCUAUCUCUAUAUAUCCCCAUUGACACGGCCCAUUUCUUCGUCCCUCACACAAAGCUCUCGGCCAUUCUUCUCAGAACCAUCUCUUUUUUUAGCUUGGUUUGUACCCACUUCCUAUAUUUACACCCAAAAGCUUGGAAGGGCUUUGGAGAUCUCAUGAUUUGAGCUUCUUUUCUUCUGUCUCUAGGCUCAGAGUUGUGGAUAUCAAGUUGCACCGAAAAGUAGUUAUCAGUUCUCAUUGAUCAGAGUGACCGACCCCAAAAGCAAAAGACAUAGAUUACCGAAUUGUUAGCAGAAGCCUCCAUCAUCAUCAUCAUCAGCAACAGCAGCUACGAUCAGUAUUCUAUUUAACUGAAAAUCAUGUUGUCGACCGGAGCGAGCUCCAAGACGGAGAGCUCGGCCAAUUCCUCCGCCCCCGACGGCGGGCUGCGCCUGAGCCGGUAUGAGUCCCAGAAGCGCCGGGACUGGAACACCUUCGGCCAGUACCUCCGGAACCACCGCCCCCCGCUUACGCUCUCCCGGUGCAGCGGCGCCCACGUCCUCGAGUUCCUCCGCUACCUGGACCAGUUUGGCAAGACCAAGGUGCACGCCGUCGGAUGCCCGUUCUUCGGCCACCCCCACCCCCCGGCGCCGUGCCCGUGCCCCCUCCGGCAGGCUUGGGGCAGCCUCGACGCCCUCAUCGGCCGCCUCCGCGCCGCCUUCGAGGAGAACGGCGGCCAGCCGGAGGCCAACCCCUUCGGUGCCCGUGCCGUCCGGCUCUACCUCAGGGAGGUCAGGGACAGCCAGGCCAAGGCAAGGGGGAUCGCCUACGAGAAGAAGAAAAGAAAGCGAACCUCUCCGCCGCAGCAGGGUCACGGUUCGCAGAUGCCGGCUCCAGCGACGGCUCCCGCCAUCACCCACAGUCGGCCGGCGGCCGACUUGAAUUCGCUGAGCGGCGGGCACCCGCUUCACCUCCAUGCUCCUCUGGUGAUGCCGGCGGCGGAGGCCGGCGGAGACCACCAGGUGAUCAUGGCCGCCGCGGAGGCUCAUUCAGGCGGGGGUAUGAUACCAUUAUCGGUGUUUAAUUAGUCCGGUAUUUAGUUUGCAGUACUAAGAGUUCUUGCUAGUUAUAUUGUGAAGGUCUGUGUGUGGAGGACUCUUUAAAAGGUUGGCGUACUAGUCGUUGUUAUCUAUGUUUAACAGACAAUUUUAUGUGGUUCAUUGAGUGUAUAUCAUGUUUACGGUUAUUAAUUUCCAAGCGUAUGAGCUGUGCAUGGCUUUGAAGCUGAUCUUUCGCUCUUGCUUAAUUUGGUGUAGAUGCAGUAAUAAAUCUUUGCACAUUGAUCUU